AGGGAGGGAAGGAGAUGUUGUGGGUGAGUGAGUGGAAGCAUGAUUUUAAUGAAUGUGAGGAGAGGACAGCGACCAAAGGAGCCAGCAUUGGCAGGACUGAAGGAGAGGAAAUGGGUGAGAGUGGAAAAGAGAGUCAGACAAGGAGCUGAGCGAGCCGGACAACUGAGAGGCAUCAUCACUGCGGAGCCACAAAAAUCAGGUGGUUUGUCCUGUCUGCUGGAGCCGCAGAAGAAGAAACAGACAGAAAAAUAGAAGGAGAAGAAAGAGCGGACUUCUCUGUUCCGUCAGAUGAAGUGUGCGAGUGCUCUCCAGCUGAGUGUUGCCACACGCAUAUCACACGUGAGACGAACACAUUCAGUUUUCAGAGUCGGCACUGCCAGCAAAUAUCACCCGCUACUUUCAACAUCUCCCAGGAGUUGAGAUUUACUGGCUGUUUCAGGUGGAGCAGAUGCAGCAGAUGAAGCAUCUAUCAGACUGUGUGUGUGUGUUGGCUGCUGCUGCUGGACAUCUGUGCUCGGAGUCCCGUUGUUUUAUAGAGAAACAUCAGCAAAGAUUAUCUGAGGACAUUUGAGUGCUGGAGAGUUUAUAAGCAUGUGUUGAAAUCUGAAAUGUGCUGAGAAAAACAUUGAAGAGGUAACAGGGGAGAAGAAGAUUUAAAGAAGAGGCUCUUUUUGAACUUCUGGAGAGGCAGCCAGCUCUCACACACCACCACCCAGGACCGAGUGCCAAGUCUCAGGAUGCUGAAACCAAGAUGUCCAGGAGCUGGGAGCUGUGAUGUGGACUAGGGGAUGAGUCCUGAGGAGGAGCCCAGGAGGGAUGAGGUUGUGGAGGGCGAGAGGACAAGAAUGGGCUGCUCAUGCCCUGUGGCACCUUCAUCUGCCUCCAUCACUGCCUACCUGUGAGGAUGCAGGUCCUGCAGAUCGUCAAGGAGCUGGUGUCACCAUCCAGACGCAGGGCAGGGGCCAGGUUUGGAGAGUCUGACACUGAGCCAGAUGCAGCAGUGAAACUUGACCAGGAGCGGGCUGAGAUAGUCGCCAAGUAUGACAAGGGCAAAGAGGCCAUCGUGGAGCCCUGGGAGGACACCAACUUCCACCUGUACAAAGUCAUCGACCGCUUUGGCUUCGUCCAUGAGGAUGAACUUCCAUCCUACGACAUGGUGGAGGAGCGGCAAAAACAGACAGAGGUGGAGAGGACCAGCAAGUGGCUGAAGAUGCUGAAGAGCUGGGACAAGUACAAGAACAGCGAGAAGCUGGUCAGGAGGAUCUAUAAGGGAAUUCCCCUGCAGCUGCGAGGCGAGGUCUGGUGUUUGCUGCUUGAUAUUCCCAAAAUAAAGGAGGAGAAGAAAGACUUCUAUGAGAAGUUAAAAGCCAGAGCCCGAGGAGUCUCCCCCGACAUCCGUCAGAUUGACCUGGAUGUGAACCGCACCUACAGGGACCACAUCAUGUUCAUGCAUCGCUACGAUGUCAAGCAGCAGGCUCUCUUCCAUGUCCUCACAGCCUACUCCAUGUACAACACGGAGGUGGGCUACUGCCAGGGCAUGAGCCAGAUCACAGCGCUGCUGCUCAUCUACAUGAAUGAAGAGGAUGCUUUCUGGGCGCUGGUCAAACUACUGUCGGGGCACAAGCAUGCCAUGCACGGGUUUUUUGUCCCUGGCUUCCCAAAGCUGAUGCGUUUCCAGGAGCACCACGAACGCAUCCUCAAGAAGAUGAUGCCCAAACUGAAACAACACCUGGACAACCAAGAGGUGUUUACCAGCCUCUACACCAUGAAGUGGUUCUUCCAGUGCUUUCUGGACAGAACUCCCUUCACCCUCACACUCAGAAUUUGGGACAUCUACAUCUUGGAGGGUGAAAGAGUGCUGCCUGCCAUGUCCUACACCAUCCUCAAGCUGCACAAGAAGCACCUCAUGAAGCUUUCCAUGGAGGAGCUAGUGGAGUUUCUGCAAGUGACUUUGUCCAAAGAUUUCUUCUUGGAGGAUGACUAUGUGAUUGAGCAGCUACAGGCGUCCAUGGUGGAGCUCAGGAGGGCGAAGCUUGAGCUGCCUGCACCAGGUAAAGAGGAAGAAUUUCCUAAGAAGCCUCUGGGGCAACUUCCACCUGAGCUGGGAGCAGCAGUGGCGAACCAUGUGGCCAAUGGUCAGAGCCAUGCCGAGCCAGCAGAGCCUCCCAGGGACCCAAGUCCGGUACCAGACCAGCAGCAGGACAGUCGGCCCCCCGGCCGGUCACGCCGGGACUCGCUGGAGAAACCGUUCCGCCACCAUAAGACUGACAAGAGGGAUGUCCGCUCCAGAGGAUCAGAGGAGAUCCCUAAUGAGCACCAAAAGCAGUCUGCCUCCCCUACACCUGAGAGGGAGGCAACACCACCCUCUUUCAACACCCCCACACCACCGCUCGCCACUGUCGAUAGUCUGAAGCCUCAGAGCCAUGCCAUCUCCAACCACCACUCCAUCACAUCCUCCAGCUCUCACAUCACCCCGCGAUGGGUCAAACCCUCCGACACAAAGCUGGAAGCUGUCAAAGCAGCAGCCCGGGAGCACCAGCUGAGCAGAGGGCCAUCGCCAGUCCCUUCCAGCCCAGACAACACUGCUCCUCCUCAUCACCGGCCACGCUCCAGGGGCUUCAUCCCUGGCUCAGACAGAGGCUCCAAUGCCUCCCAGUAUGACAAUGUACCAGGGCUGCCAGAGCAGGAUUUCGGGGUCCUGGAGCUUGAGAGACCUCCAUCCAGAAUAAGGAGCCCUCGUAGUGACACGCCUUUCAGUGUCUCUUCCCUCCAUCAAGGCAGCCCCAGACAAGUACCCAGCCUGGCAGGAAGCACAAUCACUGGUGGAUCAGGGCCCAGGAUGACCAAACACUCUCUUCCCCCUCCAUUUUCCCACAACAGCCCAGCGGGAGUCCAGGCCAGCUAUCCUGGCAGCCAGAGCCAGUACCAGACCCCUCCCAGGCAGCAUUCCCCAAGCAGAACUACUACUGAAGUCCCCAUCCUCCAUCCCACCUACAGCGUGAGCUUGGACCACAGAGAAGAGGACAGACUGUAUGCUGUGUCCUCCCAAUAUCCUCCACCCUCCAGUGUGGCAUACGGUGAGCGGGCAUACGCCACCACCCGGCGGCAGCCAAACUGCCUCUCCCCAGAGAAGGCCCUUAUGAACAACUCCUUUGCUACCUACCGCAGGCAACCGCCACCCAGCUCCACCUACAACCCCCAAGGUGCCAGGUUUCCCCUGGAGCACUCCCUGCAGCUGAAAAGCCAGGGGAGCUCCACCCCCCUCUACCAGCAACAGCUCACCUUAACCACACAGGCCUACACACCGGUGGACUAUCGGUUUGAGGGCCGUGGUGAACCUACAUUACCUGCCAGAGACCAGGUAAACCUGGACUACUUGUCACAAGGUGGACCUCGGCAGGUUGUAGACAGGGACCUGUGGGUACCAAAUGAUGAGCUGCCCCCUCAGUCCCCAGGUGGGAUGCCCCGCUCGCCUAGCUUCCAGCAAGCCCAAAUGUCUCCUGUUCAGGAGUUCACGUUUCCCCCCAAACCAGAUGGCCGGCUUCACUAUAGGACACAGUUCCAGGAGCAGCAGCCCAUCUCAAGGCAACAGCUCCCCCAGUUGUUUGGAGGACGACACUACAGGCAGGCACAGGAGGCAUUUGCCAUGCAGGAGUCCAUGUUGCUGUGACAGGAAGCCAGAACUGGUGAAACGCAGCUUUUUUUUUUAAUUAUAUAUAAAUGGAGGGGUAGUCACUGACACUGUCAAAGACUGACAGCCUUCCUAGCUUUGUCAGGACCCUGGUUUUAUUUCUGCUGUUCUUAAGGCGUGAAGUACUGACUUUGUCACGCUGCAUUGUAACACUGCAGCACACACCAGCCUCGGAUGUUUUUACAGAUCACUUUACAAAGACCAAAAAAGAAAAAAAAAACUGACUGAAGAUUUAAUUUUAUUUUUGGAUGUAAAUCAUUAACAAGGUGACAGGAUAUAUCUUUUAGAGUCUAUGUACAGUGGAAUGUUUUGUUAAUAUACUGAGUUAUCAGUAGCAGGGAAGAGCCAAACCUUGAUUUAUUUUCCAUGUUUAUUUUUGAUAUGUUACUUCGAUAUUUACAUUAGAGAUCGAUUUACUCUAUAUGCUUGUUAAUGUUAUUUUUCAAAGAUAAGAAAUAAUACUAUAUUCAAUUAGAGGAAUAAGAGAGUGAAUGGGUCACUAAGUUUUGAUCUCCAUUUCAAUUUUGAACCGCCUGGUUGUGCAAAAAGCAUGGUUCAGUGUUUAUUUUUCAGCUUUUUAUUUUCAGUUUUGUUGAUAAUUUUCCUGUCCUGAUAAACUCAUGCAAAGUACAGGACACCGGGUAUUUCCACAUUCACUUAGUUGGCAAUUAGGUACAACAAGCUAAAAUUAAGUCCGUCCAAUACAACAGUCCUGCAGUAAAUCUUCCCUUUAUGAAGAUGUUACUGCUCAGUUUUUGUUCAGACUGAACUGAUUUGACAGUUUUCAGCUACCAAAAUAACCAGAAAGGGAGGAUUUAUUGCAGAACCGUUGUUUUAGACUACAUUAGUUUUAGCUAGGUGUACCUAAUAAACAGCCAACUGAAAUUAUUUGGUUAAAUUCCAACUCUACUAGAUACUCAAGGAAUAACAAGCUAAUUUGUGAGGGCUAACAUAUAUAGGUUUGAUGGCUUUAAUCAUCUGACUUGUUCCAUAAUCAUUAGUAACAUGUUUUUUAGUUGCUGUCCUGUAGUUACCACCUCUUGUCAACAUGCAGCCACACAGUACAGUACUGUUUUGCUUUACUUCAUUAAGUUUUAUUAUCCUCAGCAGCAUCAUCAACUGCUGGCACUUCCACUAGCAUACAUAUGGUGCACAAGAUUAUGCGCACACUACAUGUCCCAGAUGUGCGAGUCGCACAUUUCAACAUUUAAUCAUUUACAUUUACUCUCAAACAGUAUUGCCAUACUGUUCAUUACAUUCCUUAAGUUAUCUUUGUUUUGUUUUUUUUGUUAAACUGUUCAUUGCAAACCAUUCUGACACUGCUUAAUAAAAUGAAAUGGGGUGAAACUUAA